UCUCUGUUCUGCACCUAUUUACCUAUUUGCAGAAGCAAAAAAAAAAAUAUUUUUCAAUAAAAUUAUUUUAGUAUUAAACGCGCUUACCUUUAAGUUUUAUAAGUGAAAACCUCAUAUAAGCAUACAAGUUUUCUGUUGCAAUCUCACAGUAUAAGCACUUUCAAGUGCUAGUCACGGUGGUUUUGUUUGUUUCUUUGCUCCAAUAAAUGGGCAAGCUAUGGAACAGUUGGGAGAAUUGGAAGCAUGUCGCAUUUGUGUUACUUGUUAUCCUAUAGCGGAAAUGGAUUUCAUCCAUAUAUUCCAGAAAAAUGAAGAAUUCCAGCAUGAGCUUAACUUCAUACGGGGUGAGAUCAAACAAUGGCAAUUGAAAAUCGAACUAGACGAUGGACUUCCUCAGCGUAUAUGCGCCGAUUGUUUUGCCAAAUUCUGUAGCAUUGAGGCGUUUCGGAAGGAAUGCGAAAUGGCACAGCAGAAGCUGGUGCAAACAGUACUGCAGGCAGAAAAUAAAAAUAAUGUUUUGCAAUCGCCUAUGCUGGCUCAAACGACGUCGACAGGUGGUGGUGUUGGUGGUGGAGCCAUGCCAAUGAUGGAUACGGCAACAGAUCAUCAACAGGAUUUGGUGUCUGCAGUGGCCCUGGUGCCGCAAAAUGAUAUUGUUCUCAAUGAUUAUCGUGUAUUCGAUCAAAGAUUUGAUCAAUUCGAUGAUAACCCCACAUUGAUGGACUCCUCGUCAACAUUGUUGGACAACAAUUUGACAGGCAACGGUAUGGGGUUUUUGCCAUCACAGAAUCUCUUCGCUUUUGAAACUGCUGAGGCACCUUCAGCAGGCACACUGCCAUUAGAUGAGACUGAACCCCCCUCCAUUAUGGGAGAAAUAAUGGAUGUACAAUCGGCUGCCGGCAAUGGUGAUGAGCAUAAAUCUAAUCUCGAGGAUAUGCUAAAAAGCAGCAUAAUAUCGACCAAUACCACCUCCAUAACAACCACCAAUCAAACUAGUGCUAACAUGACUGUAGUAACAACACGGACCACAACAACCACACCGACAUCGACAGUGGCAGCAGCAGCAACAUAUGCUGCAAUUAUAAAGACUGAGCCCAGCGUGAUGUUCAAAACUGAAAGAUCAAGCAAUAAAGCUGCAAAUGAUAAUAUUUCAGACAAUGAAUGCGACGAUGUCAAUGUAAAUAAGCGUUUAAAAGGCUUGCCAUACACCUGUCACUAUUGCUAUUGUCCCGAUUCGGGGCCCAUCGACCAUCUCAGCUUCACCGAUGAGGAUGCUCUCUCACAGCAUUUCUUUGAUAUACACGAUCCAAAUCGUCCCUAUAUAUGCCCACAGUGUGAUAAUUCUUAUAAGACCCAAUGGCUGCGUGACAAUCAUGUGCGCAUUGCUCACGAAACUGUCAAGAAAUGCAAUCUAUGCCAGAAAACUCUAAGGGGAUCCUUGGAAAUACAUCAAUUUCAUUGCCAGCAUGUUGGCGAUUGGGAGUGUGGCACAUGCAAAGAGAAAUUCCCCAAUACGCCACACUUCCGUUUUCGUUUGCACCAAAGAAAUCAUGAACGCAAUAAGAGCUUCAAUUGUCGUGUUUGCGAAAGAUCAUUUACGCGUAAGGCCAAUUUGGAGUCCCACGAAAAAAUGCAUAAAAAUGAGGGGAAAUCUCUAUGGAAUUGUGAUAUCUGUAAAACAAAUUUCUUAACCAACUAUGAUUUAAGACGCCAUAAUUAUCAACAACACGAUGAUGAAAGUCCGGUCAAAUGCAAGGAUUGUAAUCAAGGAUUUUCAAGCAUAGCCUUUUUGCAACGCCAUAUAACGCAAAUACAUAACUCCAUCUCCACAAAUGUCAUGCCCAGCUCAAAUUUACAUAUCUGUCUCAAAUGCAAUGCUACAUUUACCUCAUUGGAUACUUUGCAAAAGCACAUGGCAAUUGCGAAUAACAAUAAUGGCCAAUGCCUUAGCAGCACCUCGAAUUUUGAUUAUAAGGAACGUCGUCGCAUACAAAGACAGGGUGUAUUUCCUUGCUUUCUAUGUCCCAAGAGAUUCCAUUUGAGGUCACAGCUAGACAAACAUCUUAAUACGCACGAUGCACGCCUUAGGCCGUAUCAAUGUGAACAAUGUUAUGUGCGUUGUCGAACGGCAGUUGAACUUAAGCAACACGUAGAUGUGGCCCAUUUGAAUAUUAAAGCCUUUUCAUGUGAAAAAUGCGGAAAAUCCUUUGGCUAUAAGAAGGAUCUUCGUGAUCAUAUGCUUUUCCAUGCAGAGCUCAAUGUUCAUUGCACCGAAGAAGGUUGCGAUUAUGUGUGCAAAAAUGAGAAAGCCCUUAACGAUCAUAUACGCCACAAACACCGUUUGUUAUCGUGCGAAUACUGCCAUGAAGAAUUUACAAGGCAAAAGUUGACAGCUCAUCUCAGAAAUGUUCAUCGUACCGAAAUCGACGUUGAAUUGGCUGGUGAAUCAGAACAUUUUUUAAAAUCCAAAUUACUCAAUAAUAACAAUGAUAUUACACAAAUCUCGUUUAAUUUACUCAAUACUCAAGCAGUGGCAAAUAGUGGAAACAUCAACGCCACUGCAGCAUUUGAAUCAUUAUCCUCAUCCUUGUCGGCUGUAGCAUCCACAUCUUCAGCUUGCUCAUCAUCAUCAAUUUCAUCAUCACCACCAAUGACAGCAAGCAAUAAUCUCAAUCUGAAUAAUAGUAAUAAUAAUAACAACAACAAUCAUAGUAAUAAUAUGCUUCAUAUGACGGCAUCGGUAAUACCGGUAUCGCCAACGUCCUCCUCCUCAACAUUGUCAUCGAAUUUAGCAACAGUGGCCCCAACACAAGCUGCUACUAAUGCGAGCAAUAUAUUUAUAACCGACCAUAACUCGAAUAAUUUAGCUUUAAAUGAUUUUGUUGCAACAGCAACAACAAUAAACACCACACAAAAUGAUAUGAAUUUAGUUAAUGGUGCAGCAGCGGCAGGUGGCCAUGGUGUUGGCCCUCAUAACGCAAAUGUUAAUUGUAUUAGAGAUACCAUGUUUGUGGUAUCCAGCACCACAACAUCCGCAUCCACAUCCACAUCCACAUCACCAUCAACGACAACCACAUCACCGUCGAACAUAAAUGAAAACAAUUUGGAUCAGUAUUUUAUGGCAUCCUUGAUGGAUACCGAACAGGAGAUAACCGUGACAUAGUAAUGAUGUAAGGCUUAUUUUCUAUAUUAAAAAAAAACAAAAUAACAAAAAUAUUCACACACCUAUAAGCCAUACUAACCCUCCCCCUUAAAAGUGAAAUUAUUAUAGAACUCUCCAUUUUACAGGAAGUGAGAGAUAAUAAGAGUAAUGUUUAAGAACAACAAAAUUUAAACUUAUACACACAUACAAACAUAUUUCUUAGGAAAACAAAAAGGAAAAUCUAAAAAACAUACAUGACGUAUGACAAAACAACAACAAUGCAUGCAUUUAGGCUAAUAAUACAAAAAAAAACUCUUCAAAACAAAACUCUUCUUAAAAAACCUACAAAAAUAACCAAUCUCAAGCAUCAAAAGUCUUUAGGACAAAUGUACAAGACUAGGACAGACUUACUACAAAAUAUUUACUAAUACUUCCCACAACUUACAAAAAAUACCAACCAACAGAAAUAUACAAUUCCACAUAUAUACACCCAUAUAUCUAAUACUCGUACUAACUACUAAUUAAACUUAAAUGAAUAUCAAUGAAUUAGCAUUGUACUAACAAAAAUUACAAAUAUUUUCUUAUAAUGACUAGGAAAAUUCCAAAACAAAGACAAAACAGCAAACGCAUUUACUUUACAACUUCCUUUUCGCCUCAAAAAAAAACAAAAAAAAAAUAAGAAAAACAAAAUUUCAUAAAAACUAUGCCUUCCUAUUUUCUCCUAAGCAUUCCCCAAAUUUUAUAAAAAUUUAUUUCGAUAGUUUUUCAAAAGUAUUUGCAUUUAAAACAAUAUAUUUUUAUAAAAUUUUUAUCAUUACAAAAACUAUAUUUAUACAAAGCUUUUUAAAUAUCUAAAUUAUUGAUUAGCAACUAUUUUUUUUAUGAGUAUUAUUUCGAAAUCUCUCAUUUCGUCCCAUAAUUACCCUAAAGAUCGUAGAGAAAUAUAAGCGGCAAACGUUUCGUAGUCAUCAAAUCCCAUUUUCAUUGUUAUUUACUUUUUGUUUUUGAAAAUUUCAAAAAAUAUUUUAUUGGGUUGCCUAAAAAGUAAUUGCGGAUUUUUUAAAAGAAAGUAAAUGCAUUUUUAAUAAAACUUUAAUCAAAUAUAUAAUUGCAAUUUUGUUCGAUAACCUUUUGCCAUCUUCCUGGCAAAUUUAGUAUUCCACGCUCAUAGAACUUCUGGCCUUUAUAUGCAAAAAACUGAACCAAGUGCGAUUUUAUAGCCUCAUCAUUGCCGAAAGUUUUACCAUUUAAGGAAUGGUAAAAAUGGUAGUCUGAUGGUGCAAGGUCAGGGCUAUAUGGUGAAUGCAUCAAAAGUUCCCAGCCAAGCUUACUUAGUUUUUGGCGAGUGACCAAAGAUGUGUGCGGUCUAGCGUUGUCCUGGUGAAAUAUGACACCUUUACGAUUGACCAAUUCUGGUCGCUUCUC